AUGGCGCCAAACCAAGAUAUCAGCGCUGCUGAAGAGCAGCUGUGCGAUAUCACAUGGGAGGAACAUGUUUGCGGACACCCCAAUUUUUUUGACCUGAAAUGGGCGGUCAGUGAGAGAUGGUGGUACCGUUCCAGCUACGUGGGGACAUUACUGUUCAAUACAGGCGCAUUCCUCCUUCCAGCCUUAUAUAGCACUCUUGUCAAGUUAUGGGUUGCCAAUAUGGACUCCUCCCUAGUCAUCACAACUGACGUCUACACUUAUAUCGGUACCAUUACGGAAGUUCUGAAUGAAGGACUUCCCCGUGCAGUAUGGGUAACCAUCGCGGAUAAAGGGACUCAAUCUCUCGAAUUUCGUGUGGGGUUAGCGCAUACCCUCAUACUCUUUCAGACCACUCUAGGAAUCAUCAUGAGUAUCAUCAUCGCAAGUGCGGCGAAAGCCUUCUCGGCUACUUUCGUCCCACACAAUGUUCAGAUGGCUAGCAUAACUUACAUCCGCAUUAGCGCCUUCUCAGCUUUGAGCUCUGCCAUUGAAGUCUCCGUUUCUAACGCCACAAGGGCCCUGGAUAAGCCUGAUGUUCCCCUUAUGAUCAGCUCUAUCAAGGUUCUUAUGAACAUAAUUCUGGACCUCCUUAUCAUCUCUAAAUUCCAUGUCGGCGGCUGGACAGCGAAUAUAAAGAUGCAGGCCGGUAUACGCCUCAGCUGCGAUGUACUUGCAGCAGCCUCUGGGCUGUUGUACUUCUUCACCGCCACACAAAUUAAGGAAAACGGGUAUUCCUGGCAUUCUCGAAAUAUGCCUUCAUUGCGAAAAUUUCUGGUGCUUCUUCGGCCCGGCUUUAUCACUUUUCUUGAGUCGGCAAUUCGGAAUGCACUAUAUCUAUGGCUAGUGACUGGGAUUGUCGCCCUGUCAGAGGACUAUGCCACAGCGUGGGGAGUAUUCACGACUAUCCGAUGGGGUUUAGUGAUGGUUCCAGUUCAAGCUUUGGAAGCUACUUCAUUGACUUUUAUUGGCCAUAAUUGGGGGGAAUUAAAGCAUCUGAGUGGCCAGCGUUGGUCCGCGACAAACCUCUACGGCAAGUGUCUCAUCCCUCUGCCUACAUACAGUCAAUAG